AUGCUGUUCCUACAAAACGCCCAGUGUGGGCUACAGACGUGGGUGGCUUUCAUGACCCGUCAAGCUGCGCUCUGCAUCCCACACCCAUACCUCCUAAGUCUGAGCCAUCAAAUGGAAUAUUCUCAUCAGGUGGCUAGAACCCUUGAGAGCUUGGGUCAGCUGAAGCAGGGGGGUCCUGUUGGCCUGAGGCUUCUCCUCCGGUUCCCCCUUAGUGCCUCACUGCAGGAGUUCUACGCAACAGGGAGAAGGUGUCUGGUGAGCAUGGUUUGGCUUGUAGUUCCACAGGAUCAGAGGAUGCAGAUCCUAUUUUUCUGGUUCCAGUGGCUCUUCUGA